CAUCUAGCUGUUCAACCGACUUCAUGACCCGCUCUACACUGCCUCAAGCUCGCGAGCAUCCAGACGCAAACAACAGAUAAAGAGGGGUCGCCCACUUUCUCCGCGCUUGCCAUCACGACCUCACACCACUCUCCUCUCAACUAUCGGAAGAUGUCGACAAACGUUGAUAUGCUCAUUCCCAAAACCAAAGGCGUGCUGAUUGGCGCCACCGUCUUUCUCUGGAUCAACUUUGUUGUCCAACUUGCCGACAUUGGCCUGUCCGCAAAUCUUUUGGCGAAUCCUUACGAGAACUACUACGACUACUACGACGGCUUCUACGACACCCUCGACUUCUCGGGUAGCGCAACGGCUGCCGUCGCAGUCUGCGCCGUCAAUCUAAUCUUUGUGAUUGUCCCAGCAAUCUACUGUACUAUCAUUACGGUCCAAUUUGCCAAGUUCGCGCGAUGCCCCUCCGACUUGCAGGCCAGGCCCAACAGGGCCCACGGUAUCGCUCUCACCGUCCUGGCUGUCCUCCAGCUCAUCGUCGGAAUCGCAGGAAUCGGCGUUGCUGCAACGUGAGUCGAUCUCUAUGCAAAGACGCCCGACAAGUCACUAAUCAGAAUGAGGCUGCCCUGUCGUAGGUUUUACACAACCGUCGUCGGAGGAGGUGUGUUGUCGCUUGUGUCGGGUAGCCUCCUGGGUGAGUGAGCAGG